CACUAAUCAUAUAUGAUUGCUGCUGGACCUUAGACCUUACAAUUAGCUAGACUUUAGAAAACCUUAGACCAUGCCAUGGUGCCAUGAUUUAUGUUCGGCGGUUUUUAGUAUUUUACGCAUUAUGAUAUAGGUCAAACAUAUAUGAAACGUUACAUUUUGAUUUUUUGAUUUUGUUGGAAUUUUAAAAACGUUUGACGUACUGUCCGAAAAACAAGGGGAAUUUCGUAUCAUAAUUAAUACGGCGUUUUAUUUGUUUAAUUAUCAACCAUCAAAAAAGGACAUCACGCGAAGAUCACACAAAGGGAACAUUAUCGUUCUGUUCCAGGCUCAGGAGAGAGAUGAGUACUGUCACUGCUUCAAACACCUUGUCAAACGAAACGAAUAAUAUUAAGCACAAUUUGUCAUCUGAUUACAUCACUUUAAUAAUCAUAUCACAGAAGCACCAACACAAUUAGUAAAACCAGGUGAAAAUCAUAGAAUCUUUAUCCCAGACGUCCAAACUGCCCACGUACAGCCUCAGCAACAAUUACCAGCAAAUCCAUUGGUUAUGCAGGACCAAGCAGGUCAACAGCAGCUUGAUGUUGGAGCAGUUGGCAAUGGACCGCCAAACAAUCCACCACCUCCAUAUCCAGGGCCUGCAAACUCCAACAGACAAGAUGAAGCCAUAAUUAAUGCAAAUAAUGCAGAAGAACAGGAGCAAAGAAACGGCUAUGGCAACUCGACCUCGACCAUCAAUAUUGGAGAUCAAGCAACAAACAUUGCCAUUUUCCAAUCACAAAAUUUGCGUACUGAUGCCAUGCAUGUGAACAUACCACCGGUUGGUGGUGCAACCUCAGCAGUUGAACAAACUAAUGCACAAACAUCAGCAGUGCAGCCCACUAGACCUGCAUCUAUUACUCGUUCUGAAUCAGAACACACUACUUCCGAACAUGCUUCUGCAGGAAAUCCAAAGAAAUUGGUGGACCUUCCCUUGGUGAAAAAUCUUAACUUCGACCGAUUUGUUGAAUUUUUUAAGCAGCUUGGAAUUAGCGACAAUCAAAUAUUUGAAGCAAAAAAGAAGCUCAGGGUAUCUCGUUUAGAGGCCAUUGCCGAGCUCUUUAAGAUGUGGAUUGACAACAGUGGCAAUGGAGCCACUUUGGACAAACUCAUUACUGCAGCAAACGCUUUAGAGCUGACUUUGCUCUCUACCCAGCUAAAGAAGUUGGAAAAUGUCAAUACGGUGCAGUCUCAAUCCAGCUAAUUUAUGUACAUUACAAAUUAGGUGGAACCCUUGUUGGAUUAAAAAUGAAAUGAA